AUGGAAAACGCUUCCAUGGUGACAUCUAUCAUUUUGACUGCCUUUUAUGAAAUGGAGAAACUGAAAUAUCUGUAUUUUGUUCUUUUUCUUUUUUUGUACAUCAUUGUUAUUGUCAUGAACUUUAUUCUUAUUGGAGUAAUUUAUGUUGACAGAACCCUACAUGAACCAAUGUAUCUAUUUGUGUGCAACUUGGCAUUUAAUGAAUUGUAUGGUAGUACAGCUUUGUUACCACCCCUUCUGAGUAAUUUACUGUCACACUCUCAUGAGGUUUCUCUUCCCUGUUGUCAGGCACAGGUCUUUUGCUUACACACAUAUGCAAUUAGUGAAUUUACCAUUUUAGCAGUAAUGGGCUAUGACAGGUACAUAGCAAUAUGUCACCCCCUGCAGUAUCACAGCAUUAUGUCUCUUUCAAAAGUGUACAAACUCAUUGCAUUCUCAUGGUUGUAUCCUCUGGUUGCGUUUGGUGUGUUGUUUGCUUUAACUCUACAGCUCAUAUUUUGUGAAGAACACAUAGACAAAGUGUUCUGCAGCAAUCAUGCACUGAUUAAGCUCUCCUGCACAGACACAUCCAUUGUAAACAUUUUUGGAUUAAUUUCAGUUGUUAUGUACAGUUUUCCUCAACUUGUAAUGAUACUUUACUCAUAUUCACAGAUUCUCAGAAUCUGCUUACUGUCGUCCAAAGAAUCACAGAUAAAAGCACUGAAAACAUGCACACCCCACCUAUUAGCAGUGAUAAACUAUUCUUUGGGAUGCUUUUUUGAAAUAUCUCAAAGUAGGAUAAACAUGAGUCAUGUUCAUUAUGGAACUCGCAUAUUCAUGUCCCUCUACUUUUUGAUAUUUCCUCCCAUGAUAAAUCCUACCAUCUAUGGAAUGAGCAUCCAAGCGGUAAGAGUGCGGAUUUUCAAACUGUUCCAGGUCAAAAAGGACAUAGUGGGGCUAGUGGAGAAGCUGGAGGCUGCCGGAGACAUGGUGAGAGAAAAAUGGUUGCCUCCACCUACAAGGAGAGCCAGUGAACCCUCGGAGUUCCUGAGCCCGCUCAUCACCCCCAAUACCCUCUAA